GCUGUGUGGAGUCAGAGGGGGGUGGAAGCAGAGCGAGAGGAGAGAGGGCGACAAAAAAGACCGUAGGGAUGUAUGUGAGUGCGCGGUGAUCAGUGCAGCAGGUACAGUCAGAGCCGGAUACAGGUUUUACACCCGGACCGGACCGCGGCACAUCGCCUCAGAGCCGGCCUCUCUCCUCCUCAUCCCCUCCAAACAAACCUCCGCAAUGUCGGGCGGAGGAGAGCUACGUGUCCUUCGCCAAGAGCCCGGGCAAGAGAGCCCGAGGAUGCCGGCCUGGAAGCGAGAAAUCUUGGAGAGGAGGAAGGCGAAGGGCGGCGGGUCCGGAGGAGCCGGUGCCGCGGAGACAAGCCCCGGCGGCGCGGGUUCACAGCGGGUCAACGGGGAGCAGACGGGAAACGCGAACGGCGGCGGCACCGGCGGCGGACCCAAACGAGACGGGUCCGCGCGGAGCUACACCAUCUCCACGGCCACUCAGCACUUCGCGAACAACAAAGAGCCUCGAGCGACGGACGCGGAGGAGACGACGGCGAGGGAGGACGACGACAGGCGCGAGAGCCUGGUGCUGCAGGAAAGCCUGGGCCCGCUGGAGGAGAACCCCUUCAUCAAGCUGGAGAAGGAGCGGAGGAGGCGACAGGACCGAGAGAACGCCGCCCGCCCGGUGCAGCACAUCCUGGAGCUGUACGGCAACGUACCCGGCAUACGGACUAUCCGCGCGGAUAACAUUAUCAUCAUCGAGUCGGACCCGGAUUACUUCCCGGAAGCCGGAGGGAACAGAAGCGGGUCCAAAUGGCAGCAAAACGGCGUCAGUAGUUACAGCUCUCUGAGCGACCUCCUGGACCGAAGAGGGAGUGCUGUGACGGAGAUAAGAGCCAAGGAAGUAGUCAUUUAUGACACAUCGAUAAGCAAGAGCGAGGAGAACUUGAGCACCUUGGGCCGCCCCGAUCACGAGGCCCCAUCGUACGAGGCCGGUGAGGGUCAGGGCAGGGUCAGCCGGAUGCUGCAGAAGUUUGACAGCAACUACGGGAAGCUGCAGAAGAAGUCCCACAGCACGGAGAACCUGCUGGACUGCGGUGGCGGCGGCAGGCCACGACUCUGGUCCAGGCCGCAGCCAGAUCUGGUGCCAAAGGCCAGGCCGGGCCCCUCGUUCAGCAGCCAGCCAUCGUCGCCUGUCUUUCAGGGUCCUUCGUCUUCCAAACCAAAGCCACAGCCUGCCGCCUCUGAGCUAAGCGGCACCGGCCACCCCCGGCCCGUGUCUCCCUCCCGUCAAUGGUUUGAGGAGAGCGGAGGUCACGGUGCAGCCCUCAGGCCCGGGGAUGAGCCAGACCAGGGGAAAACCAAGCCCACCAGAGAGAGGGGCUGGGAGGGCUCCGUGGUGCCAAUCAAACCCAAGGUGCCAUGCUCUCCAGAGAGCCGUCGCGUCCGCGCCGAGUCCCCCACCAGCCCCGUCAUAUUCAAGGUGUCCCGCUCCUCGUCAGACUUUGAGAUACGUCCCUCCUCAAAGCCAGACCUCGACCGAAUUCCCGAUGGGGACACCCAGGCACGGGCCCUCGCGAACCUGCGCCUGAACUCCCGGAACUCCUUCACGGUGGUCCCCAAACGCCGUCCUGCUGCCUCGUCCACCACAGGCAGCCCGGCACCGUCCAGCCCGAACAAGUCUUCGCCAUCCCACAGAGCGGCAGAGGUUGCCACCCCAGGAGUGCCAACCACCCACGCGCCCAUGCCCACUGCGACUCCAUCAAAGAGCGACGAGGAGGAACUGCAGGAGGAGAAGAGGCAGGUGAGGGUGUCAAAUCCUGAACCAUCUCCUCCUGUUGCCACAAGUCCUCCGCCGCCCGAACCUCGGUCCCCAUCGCCUGCUCUUACCCCGGCUCCCAACUCUCCACCUGCCCUCUCUUCAACCCCCUCUCCUCCAGCGUUCCCAUCUUCUCCCCCCCUCUCUCCGGUCCCCUCGGAUUCUCCCGCCCCGUCCGCCCCCUCCCCGGCUCCAGAUCAGCCCCCCGUGGAUCAGCUGCCAGUUACGAACAUAGACGACGUUGAAGUGGACCCACAGCAGCGGGUCCCCGCUCCGAGCCCCGCGGGGCAGAGGAGAAAGGGGAACACCUUCACCGUGGUCCCUAAACGGAGGGCGGCGCCCGAGGGCCUGCCAGGCUCACCUGAGCCCCAGCAGCAAGAGGCCCCCGACGAGGCCCCGCGGGGCCCCACGCCGCCGCAGGCCCCCUACGCUCAGCUGGGCUCCCUGCUGAAGAAGCGCUACCCCGCUGUGGAGGAGAUUGAGGUGAUCGGCGGGUACCUGUCCCUGGAGAAGUCCUGCCUCUCCAAGACGGGCUCCCCGGGCAAGAAGCUCAAGAUCUCUUUCAAUGAGUCCAGUCUCCAGAGUACGCACGAGUAUCCGUCAGAGAGCAGCGCGUGGGACAGCGAGGACGAGGACGAGGACGGCGACGGGCCGGUGGCGGACGAACAGCCGAGCAUGGUGGGACGCAUCCACAUCCCUCGACCCAGUUUCACCAGCUCGCCGUCCCACACCAACAACGGCAACGACCUGUCCAGCUACAUUCCCAAGCACUCGGUGGACUUCAGCGCCUGGCAGGAGCACAAAGAGAGCCAGGUUUACCAGGGGGACACGGCUGACCAACAGGCGCAGACGAGCGAGGAAGUCAUGCUCACGCCUGCAGACAACUCGUCCCUGUCCGACUACAGCAGCGAGCCCGCCCUUUACUUCUGAUCAGUCGGACCAAUCAGCUGUCCAGUAGCAUCACUCCUGUGGGACCAGCCUGCCGACGGAGCCCAGCGAGGUGCGACCCUCCCGGGCCCGAAACUGCCUCCAGCUCUACACUCCAGAGCCGUCUCCAAGCACAUCUUCCUGAUCACACAGGAAACUAAGUGUACUUUUAUUUUUGUUUGUUUGUUCUU